GAAAUGAAAUAUCAGUAGCCAUUGUUGAGCUGAUAACUGAGAGAAGAGAAGUGUGGACCAAAUCGCCGGCGAUGAUGGUAACAGCCAUGAACGGCGUCGUUUUCAAGCUCUCCCCUUCAAUCCGCGCUAUACCUAACCGUACCUUCCGCGCUAUGCCGUUAGCUUCCUCCUCCGCGCCUGCUGCGCUGUCCAGCGACCCCAAGCUCGGCCCUGGAUCGCUCGGUCACAUCACAAGGCCCGAUUUCCCUAUCCUGCACCAGGAGUUGAAUGGGAAGAGGCUUGUGUAUUUGGAUAACGCCGCCACGUCACAGAAGCCGGCGGCGGUGCUGAAGGCGCUGCAGACUUACUACGAGGCUUAUAAUUCGAACGUCCACCGCGGCAUUCAUUAUUUGAGCGCGAAGGCUACGGAGGAAUACGAAUCAGCGAGGCAGAAGGUUGCGAAUUUUAUAAACGCAUCGGAAUGUAGGGAGAUUGUGUUCACGCGAAAUGCUACAGAGGCCAUUAAUUUGGUGGCUUACAGUUGGGGCCUCUCAAAUUUGAAGAAGGGGGAUGAGAUAGUGCUUACAGUUGCUGAACAUCACAGUGCUAUUGUCCCUUGGCAAAUUGUAGCUCAAAAGACAGGUGCAGUUUUAAAGUUUGUAAAUUUAACAGAAGAUGAAGUGCCAGAUGUGCAGAAGCUAAGGGAAUUGCUCUCAAGGCAGACUAAACUUGUCGUCGUUCACCAUGUUUCCAAUGUUUUGGCUUCGGUUCUUCCAGUGGACCAAAUUGUAAGUUGGGCGCAUGAUGUUGGGGCCAAAGUGGUUAUAGAUGCAUGCCAAAGUGUUCCUCACAUGGCAGUUGAUGUGAAGGCCCUUGAUCCAGAUUUUCUUGUUGCUUCUUCUCAUAAGAUGUGUGGGCCUACAGGCAUUGGGUUCUUAUAUGGGAAAAGUGAGCUAUUGUCUGCCAUGCCUCCUUUCUUAGGUGGUGGUGAAAUGAUAGCAGAUGUAUUUUUGGACUACUCGACCUAUGCUGACCCUCCAUCUAGAUUUGAGGCUGGGACUCCCGCGAUUGGUGAGGCCGUCGGUUUGGGAGCAGCAAUUGAUUAUUUGUCCGCCAUUGGAAUGCAAACUAUCCAUGAGUACGAGGUAGAGCUAGCAAACUAUUUAUACAAUAGGUUACGGUCAGUGCAUGGCGUCCGUCUCUAUGGUCCGGCACCUUCAGAAACUGUGAACAGAGCUGCGCUUUGCUCGUUCAAUGUCGAAGAUGUUCAUCCAACAGAUAUUGCUACCUUCCUUGACCAGCAGCACAGCGUUGCCGUUAGAUCGGGUCACCACUGCGCGCAGCCUCUCCAUCGCUAUUUGGGCGUGAAUGCAAGUGCGCGAGCGAGCCUCCAUUUCUACAACACGAAAGAAGAUGUCGACGAAUUCAUCGGGGCUCUCGAAGACACCAUCAGCUUCUUUGCAUCUUUCAAAUGAGGAUAAGCUUCAAAGGUUAGUGAAAUUCAUGUAUGAUAUUGAUUUCAUGACUAUUAUCGUGCUACAAAAACAUAAGUCGAGUUGGAAACACGGCCGUGUUCGUUGUGUUCCCACAUAUUUUUAUGCACGCUUUUGAACACUACAAUAUUUCGGUACGGCCGUGUUCAGCGUGCGUAUUAUUUGUUUAAGCUAAAAUGCUGAAUUUGUUGAGAGUCACAUGAGUUUUGACUACGGUUGGACUGUUUUUGUUAAGAUCUAUGGUUGUGUUCUUUUAAUUAUUUUUUACCUUAUUAUUA